AUGGAUCUGAAGGAGAGCUGUGGCAGUCAGGGGAGCCAAGAGAGCUCCAGCCUGCACCCCACCUCCUGGCAGGCCUUUGCUCACACCAGCACGCUGCAUGGCCUGCGCUUCAUCUUCCCUUAUGGUCAACCCAGCGCACGUCGCUUGCUCUGGGCUGUCGCUCUACUGGCCUGCCUUGGACUGUUAGCCAUGGAGAGUGCCGAGCGACUGGCCUAUUUCCUCUCCUAUCCUCAUGUGACCAGCUUGGAUGCGGUGGUGUCGAGCAGCUUGGUCUUCCCUGCUGUGACCAUUUGUAACCUCAAUGCUUACCGCUUCAGCCGCCUCACACGCAAUGAUCUGUACCACGCGGGAGAACUGCUGGCCUUGCUGGAUGUUCACCUGACAAUCCCCCAGCCGCACCUGGCCGAGCCUGAUGUGCUGGCUUUCCUUCAGGAAAAAGCUAACUUCACUGCCUAUAGGCCGAAGGCAUUCAGCAUGAAGGAGUUCAUCGAGAGGGUCGGCCACGACCUCAAAGAGAUGAUGCUCUACUGCCGUUAUCAAGGCCAAGAGUGCAGCCACAGCGACUUCAAAACCGUGUUCACCAGGUACGGGAAGUGCUACAUGUUCAAUGGUGCAGAGGAGGGGAAGACACUCCGUACCACCAUGAAGGGAGGGACGGGAAAUGGCCUGGAGAUCAUGUUGGACAUCCAGCAGGACGAGUACCUGCCGGUGUGGGGGGACACAGAGGAUACAGCCUUCGAGGCAGGUGUGCGGGUGCAGAUCCACAGUCAGGCGGAGCCGCCAUUCGUCCACGAGCUGGGCUUCGGCGUUGCCCCCGGUUUCCAGACUUUUGUAGCCACACAGGAGCAGAGGCUGACCUACCUGCCUCCCCCGUGGGGAGAGUGUGAGUCGAAGGCUCUGGAGUCUGGCUUUUUCCAGGUCUACAGUGUAACUGCCUGCAGGAUUGACUGUGAGACACGUUACAUUGUGGAGAACUGCAACUGCAGGAUGGUGCACAUGCCUGGUGAUGCUUCGUACUGCACGCCUGAGCAGUACAAAGACUGCGCUGAGCCUGCCCUCGCUAAAUUGUCGGCUGUGGAGAGCAGUAACUGCAUGUGCAGGACGCCGUGCAACAUGACCCGCUACAACAAGGAGCUAUCCAUGGUCAAAAUCCCCAGCAAGACAUCAGCCCGCUACCUGCAGAAGAAGUUCAACAAGUCAGAGAAGUACAUCACAGACAACAUCUUGGUGUUGGACGUGUUCUUUGAGGCUUUGAACUAUGAGACCAUCGAGCAAAAGAAAGCUUACGAGGUGGCGGGCUUGUUGGUAUUGACUAGUCCAUUGAGAGCAGUAACCUUUUCAAAUCCUCUGGGAAUGAGGUAG